CGCUUUUGCUGGAUCGCCAGGGGUGUUGUUGGUGCCCCGCACAACCUAGGAAGGCCCUCCACCCCUUCGAAUUAUCCUCUUUCCCCUCCUUUAAAUACACCGGAGCUACAAAACCACGACGGGUAGCCCGCGGUCUUUAAGCUGGCUAGUUCCAGAACGAAUCAAACAAUGACUAAUGACGGAGCUAUCAACCACUUGCUGUAGCAAUACUCAGCCAGAAAUGUCUCAAAGAUGCAAGUCACCUUCUUCAUCGACUGUAAAGUAUCAAGACUGACCUCACAGAUUGAUUGGAACAAAGUAGCACACGAUCCUAUUUUUCCCCAAGAGAUCACCAAUGGUCAUGCUGCUCGAAUGCGCUACUCUCGUUUCAAGAAACAAAUGGACGGCACGACUUCAAUGCCAACUGGUCCUAGAAAAAAUGCAACUCCUCGACGCUCAAGGGUUGAGAAGAAAAAACCAGCAAAACAAGGGCUCAAGUUGAAAAAUCGUAAAGACAGUCACUAAGACGUGAAACCCUUUGUCACAAAAUCUGAAUCCCAAAACGAUCAUACCUGUCCUUCUACGAGCAUGAGAGCCAUGGAGAUGGACCGCAACAACCCGCUCUCCACGCUUGAAAUCACGAACCUCCAGCCCACCAACCCCCCUACUCUCCACUUCAAAAUGAAGACAGAGUCCAACCUCUUUCUCCCAUUCCCAAUUGCCCCGUCAGAGUCCUCUCGUCUUCCAACUCCUUCCCUUAUGGAUUCGCCUACAUCACCUAACACUCCCACAUUUUCUAACACCGGCGUUAUUAGUAUAAACAGUUCUAUUAGCAGCCCUGCUAACCUUAACAAUCGCAUGAUGGGUACCUCGUUAUUUGGUCCACCUCUAUACAAACAGAUGGAGAACAAGGAGUCCAUGGAGGCUGGUCGUCGAGACGACAUGAGAUAUUGUUUCGAUCCUUCGAAUCAGAUUAUGGGUGGAUUUAAUAAUAUUCAUGGUACCGUUGAGGAUCGAGGUAGCGUCAUAUUUAAGAGGGAGGAAUCUUUUGUAGGUGCUCCUUAUGAAUCUUUCAUGAAGUAGAGCUUCAUUAAAAGUUGAAGAGCAGGAGUGUAGAAGGCUUGCCUGGUCUGGAAUCGGAAUGGCUGCUUAUGGACUUGAACGAACGUAUGCUUUAUUCUGAGAUAUUAACAAUGCAAAUAAAUGAUGGUUCAUUUUCGAAUCGUUUGUUUCUCACUGAUGCUUCAAUAUGCCGACAAACCCACCCACUCCAAAGAUAGUACACGCCCCUCUAACAAUAUUAUUAAAAAACAGCCUCAUGUCCGUCUUAAGAAGCGCGCCCCCAAAAUGAAAAGCCCAAGGAAAGAGAAUGCACUCCAAAGACACCAUUCCAAAUCUGGACC